AUUUUUUCUUCUGGUUUCCGUACUUUUCUUAAACAUCACAUUUGUCACCAAUUUCACACACGAUCUCAGUUAUCGUUCGAUGCCAAAAGAUAAAUUUCGUCAUCUUGUCCGGUGCAAAUUUUUUUCGAUCCUAAGUAGAUAAAUUGUUAUUGUUACUCGUAUAAGAUAUUCUAAUUGCAAUCUAAGAUCUGUACGAAUUAGCAGAGUAAUUCGGUAAUAGAAAUAAACAAGAAUAAUCGAAGAAUCACUGUAUGUAGUCGUCGUAGUCAUCCGUCAUCCUACAGAGAGGGAGCGGGAGGACAGUGCCCCUAAAAGCAAGCAACCAGUUCAUAUUCUUAUACAUACCAGAGAGUUCAUAUCAGAAUUGACUUUCAUAUUUUACUAAAAAUAUGGCUUUAAAGUUGUAUUAUGACUUAUUGUCUCAACCAAGUAGAGCUGUGUACAUAUUUUUAAAGGCAUCCAAUAUACCAUUUGAGAAAAAAGUAAUAAAUUUGUCAAAAAUGGAACAUCUUAGUUCGGAUUAUCAGAAAAUCCAUCCAUUUAAUAAAGUUCCUAGUAUUCAACAUAAUGAUUUCAACAUAAUAGAAAGUGUUGCAAUUUUGAGAUAUCUUUGUAAAGAAUUUCCUGUGGCUGAUCAUUGGUAUCCAAAGGAUUCAAAGGACCAAGCAAAAGUUGAUGAAUAUCUUGAAUGGCAACAUUUGAACACUAGGUUCCACUGUGGCUUAUACUUUCGGAAAAAGUACUUAAUACCACUUAUAACAUCUAAACCGACAUCAAUUGAAGCGAUAGCAAAAUGCAAGAAGAAUAUGAUCGAGUGUCUUGAUCUAUUGGAAAACAUUUGGUUAAAAGACAAGCUUUUCUUAACAGGUUCUAAAGUAGCUAUUGCCGAUCUUCUUGGAGCAUGUGAGAUAGAACAAGUCCGAUUAGCUGGAUAUGAUCCUCGUGAAGGAAGACCUCGCUUAUCAAAUUGGUUGACAAGGGUUGCCCAAAUAACAAACCCCCACUAUAAAGAGGCUCAUGCCUUUAUUGAAUUACUUACAGAAGAGGCGAAAGAAAACAUGUUAAGAAGCAAGAUUUAAUAGUUUUCUAAACUUUGUUAUCAAAUUGGUGAUAUAGGUUUUAACUCAUUUUUAUUGAUUAAAGGGAUGUAAAACUUGGAUAUUAUUAAAUCAUAGUGGUAGAUUGAAUAUAAA